AUGAAGUCCCUUCUUGUCCUUCUCCCUCUCAUCACGCUCGCCGUGGCUCAAAAUCUCGACGCAUGCUCUGGGAACUUGAAAUGCUGCGCCGGAGUGACGCCAUACUCCGCAUUGCCAGAGGAAAUUCUCUCCGAAUAUGGAGUGCGCCCUGAUCCUGCCGCCAAUAUCUGUGGCAAUGGCACCGCGGUUGACGAUCAGUUUGAUGCUGACAUCUGUGAAUCUGUGGGCCACACACUUCAGUGCUGUGACACACGCCAGCCGGAUGUUGCGCUUAGCACCGUCAUGAUGCAAUCAUCUGGAGGACCGGAAGCGCGGAGAUAUCCAGUCACAGGUUCUAUGGGCGGUCUCAGGGAAUAA